AUGAAGAAAAUUAUACUUCUUAUUCUAUUCCUUCAAAAAAUAAAUCGCGCAACUCUAUUGCGUCAAAAAACACUUUUGACAUAUUCGCUGCCAGAAAAUAGACAUCUUAAAAGGCUAUUGGGUUAUACUGAAGACACUUACCUCAACUUUACUGAAUUGGCCACUAAAUACAGAUAUCCGUCGGAAGAGCACACGGUGAUUACAGAAGAUGGAUACGUAUUGAAGGUAUUUAGAAUUUUAUCGAAGUGCAGGACAGUAUCUGAACGUUUACCCAUUAUAUUAAUGCAUGGGCUAUUUGACAGUUCUGACUUAUGGAUAUUGAGCGGUCCGCGAACUGGAUUGGCGUACAUCCUCGCAAACAAUUGUUAUGAUGUAUGGGUCCCAAACCACAGAGGUAACCGGUAUUCACGGAAACAUUUGACAUUAGAUCCCAAUAAAGAUAUCGAGUACUGGAAUUUCUCGUUUGACGAACAUGGAUAUUUCGAUAUUCCCGCCAUUAUAAAUUAUGUGAUUGAAGUAACUAAUAAGUCUAAAUUAUUUUACGUUGGACACUCCCAAGGUACGACUGACUAUUACGUCGCAAUGUCCUUGCGGCCCGAAUACAACGACAGAAUUCAACUGUCCUUUCAUCUGGCUCCAGUCGCCUGGUUGAAAAAUAUAAAAAGUCCCAUUCAUAAAUCUAUUGCUGAAAUCACAACCGAGAUAAAAGCUGUUUUAGAUUUAUUGGGUGUUGGUGAAGUAUUCGCAAGGCGUCAACUGUCGCAUAUUAUUUUAGAAUUUUUUUGUCAAUAUGCCCCACAACUAGUUUGCGGAACAGGUUUAACCAUCACCACAGGCUUUUUAAAGGGUACUGUGUCUUCAAGAACUCUAGCCGUGGCAUUUGGUCAUGUAUUAGCUGGUACAUCGGUAAAAUCACUUGCGCAUUUUGGACAACUAAUACUUUCGAUGAAAUUUCACCGUUAUGACGAAGGUAAAAUAGGAAACUUAAAAAAAUAUGGAUUGAAGAAGCCACCGGAAUAUAAUAUUUCCAAAAUUGUAUCUCCUGUUUUCUUAAUAUGUGGUCAAAAUGACUGGCUAUCAUCAUUGAAAGAUGUGAAUGAACUAAGUUCUAGGCUGCCAAAUUUAAUAGAAACAUAUAUUGUACCAGAACCUUACUGGGGUCAUAACAAUUAUGUUUGGGGUUUAGAAGCACCUGAACUAAUUUUUAAGAAAAUACUUGAUUAUCUAAAGCGAUAUGGUAAAUAA